CUAAUCAAAGAAUUUGCUUUCAACCCAACUCCUUCACAGUGAGGCAUGUAAACAAAGAGUGCUCGCGCUGGAGGGGUGAUCGGAGAGGAAUUUCAAUGAAUGUCGCACAGGCACUUCAUAAAAAAGUGUUGCUUUUUGGUGCUUGUGGGCGCGGUGGUCGUGAGCGCCCAGUUCCCCAGAGAGUGCGUGACGCCCGAAGGACUCAGGAGUGGACAGUGCUGUCCGUCGCCCCCCGGCCUCGACAAUGAUCCUUGUGGCUCCAGCACGGGGCGCGGACAGUGCGUAUCCAUCGUGGUGGACGCGCGCCCGCACGGCCCUCAGUACCCGCACGACGGACGCGAUGAUCGGGAAAGGUGGCCCAUCCGUUUCUUCAACCGUACCUGUCAGUGUAACGGAAACUUCAGCGGCUACAACUGCGGACGUUGCAAACACGGAUGGACUGGGGCCAACUGUGACCAGCGAGUUAAUGUUGUAAGGAGAAACGUGAUGCAGCUCAGCGCGGAUGAGAAGCGUGCGUUCGUGAACGCGCUUGACCGGGCAAAGCGCACGGUGCACCCUGACCUGGUGAUCGCCACGCGGCGCUAUGCGGAGAUCUUCGGGCCCGACGGGAACACCGUGCAGUUUGAGAACAUCACCAUCUACAAUUACUUCGUGUGGUCCCACUACUUGUCGGUCAGCAAGACGUUCCUGGGUACGGGCCAGGCCAGUUUCGGCGGGGUGGACUUCUCACACGAGGGGCCCGGUUUCCUCACUUGGCACAGAUACCACCUGUUGCAGCUGGAGCGAGACAUGCAGGACAUGCUGCAGGACCCCUCCUUCGCCCUGCCCUACUGGAACUUCGCCAUCGGUGGAAGCACAUGUGACAUCUGCACAGAUGACCUGAUGGGAGCCAGGAGCAGCUUUGACGUGAAUUCCCUGAGCCCCAACACUGUCUUCUCUCAGUGGAGGGUCAUCUGUGAGAACGUGGAGGACUAUGACACACUGGGAACCAUCUGCAACAGCACUGAGACUUCUCCCAUCAGAAGGAACCCAGCAGGAAACGUCAACAGACCGAUGGUCCAGCGUCUCCCAGAGCCUCAGGACGUGGCGGACUGUCUGCAGGUUAACACUUUUGACACGCCGCCCUACUACUCCACCUCCUCUGAAAGCUUCAGAAACACAAUUGAAGGCUACAGCGCCCCCCAGGGGAACUAUGACCCCGUGGUGAGGAGCCUCCACAACCUGGCCCAUCUGUUCCUCAAUGGCACAGGAGGACAGACUCACCUCUCACCCAAUGACCCCAUCUUCGUCCUGCUCCACACCUACACUGACGCUAUAUUUGAUGAAUGGUUGAGGAGACACAGCCCAGAUCUGGCCAUGUAUCCUGAAGAAAAUGCUCCCAUUGGUCACAACAGAGGCUACAAUAUGGUGCCUUUCUGGCCUCCAGUGACUAAUGCCGAGAUGUUCGUGACUGCCCCUGAAAAUCUCGGUUACUCUUACGAAGCUGAAUGGCCAGGUCAACCUUUCACUCUGACUGAAAUCAUCACCAUGGCGAUAGUCGCUGCCCUUGUCGUCGUCGCGGUCAUUUUUGCAGCCACCACAUGUGUCGUGCGUGCCAGGUCUUACCAGAUGGAGGGCCACCAGCCUCUGCUUGGGGAUCAGUACCAGCGCUACGACGAUGACAAAAGCCAAUCUGUCGUCUAAGGUCGCUGCUCGAAACACCAGCCACACACACACGUGCCUCUUCUCAAAUAAGCAGUCUCAUAGGCCCGAAUCUUUUCUCUCUGGAGUGCAUGUGUCGAUUCCUGAAUGCUACAGCAUGACAGGAAGUUGUUUUUUUUUUGGCUGCAGUCAUGUCCCUUUAUCAGCUGGUGUAGCUCAUUUGUCUCUACAGAAAGUACAGAUGCGCCCAAUUUUAAAUAUUACCAAAAUGAAAAUAAGGCACUCAUUUAAGAUGCAUUUCUGUCAUGGAAAGGUCAAGGUAUAGGCAGUAGUUUUUAAAGAGCGUGGGUUUGCAAAGACUGCAAAGAUCCAAUCCUUACAUUUUUUUUUUUGCAGAAUUUAAGAAAAUUUGAAAGGGGAAAAUAAAGAAUGAUCUCAUAAAGUGAACAACUGGAAGUGACCGCAGGGCUUCAGUAUGUCGUGUCAGUAUGUAGUUUUAGUGUUGGAUGUUUCCCUUAAGAGAGGAUUUGUACAGAAUCUGCUGUGGAUACAGAAGGUUGUGUAACUUUCUGAACACACGUCAUAAUACUGGCAAAAUAAUUCAGAUAUACAGUCACAGAUCUAUAACUUCUGAAAUGUUUAGAGCUUAUAAAACUUUCUCUGUGUGUCCUACUUAACUUUUCGUUGCAAAAUGGUAUAAAAGUGAAGUGUUCUUACAGAAAACGCUGCCCAUGUCGAGGAGCCAUAAUGCCCACAAGGGGGUGCAAUAGUUCAAUUUCUGAAACUGUAUUCGUCAGGAGAGACAUGCUUUGGGGUUUUAUUGUUUUUCUUUUUUUUAAUGGCGUAUGAAGUCAAGUUGAUCAUCGUGACCCGAAAAGAAUGAAGAGGUGAAGAAGAAGAAAAAAGCAGGAGUACUGAUUCAGAAGAAAUGUCGCGAAAAUUUCAGUUUCAUCAUGCUGUAAACCUGAGUACUCCACUGUGUACUCCCACAAUAUGCACUUCUCUUCCUUUGCCUGUCUUUCUUUUUAAGAGAAAUUUCUGUGAAAAGGUCAUGAAUGCUACUCUGUUGUUACAUUUAUACUAUUGCUAAACUGUUGUUGGAUCUGGGCACACGCCAAAUUAUUUAAAUGAUUAAAUUUUACACGCCAA